UAUAUAUAUAAAGCUGGUGCAGCGAACUAUCAGCUGUUUGUUUUUGUCAUUUGGUUAUAACAAUUUAGAUAAAAUAUCGGGAUGACUUCGAGAGAUAAGGCUUCGAAUCAAUUGUUGGACUAUAAGAUUCAAAAUACUGGGAAAAAUCCCACGGCAACUACGGGGUCAGGCGCUCCUGUGGUCGUGAAAGAUGCAACUCUUACCAUCGGCCCGAGAGGCCCAGUGUUGCUGCAAGACGGGGCGUUUGUCGAGGAGAUGGCUCACUUUAACCGGGAACGUAUUCCCGAACGCGUGGUCCACGCCAAAGGGGCCGGCGCCUUCGGAUACUUCGAAGUAACCCACGACAUCACGCGGUACUCUGCCGCGAAAGUCUUCGAGCACGUUGGCAAAAAAACACCCAUAGCGGUUAGGUUCUCUACGGUUGGUGGCGAAUCUGGCUCCGCCGACACUGUACGUGACCCCAGAGGAUUUGCCGUUAAGUUUUACACCGACGACGGUGUUUGGGACUUGGUCGGAAACAACACUCCUAUUUUCUUUAUUAGAGAUCCCAUAAUGUUCCCCAGUUUUAUUCACACGCAAAAAAGAAACCCGCAGACACACUUGAAAGACCCCGAUAUGAUGUGGGACUUCCAUACACUGAGGCCGGAGAGUAUGCAUCAAUGGCUGUUUCUGUUUGGCGACAGGGGCAUCCCCGACGGAUAUCGUCACAUGAACGGCUAUGGUUCCCACACAUUUAAGCUGGUCAACAAACAAGGGAAAUACGUCUACUGCAAAUUCCACUAUAAAACCGAUCAAGGUAUUAAGAAUAUUGAUGCCAAGAGGGCCGACCAGCUCGCCGGAAGCGAUCCCGAUUAUGCCAUUAGGGAUUUGUACAACGCCAUUGCUAACGGAAAUUUCCCAAGCUACACUCUGUCUAUUCAAGUAAUGACACCCGAACAAGCAGCCUCCAGCAAAGUGAACCCAUUCGACUUAACUAAAGUCUGGAGCCAUUCGGAAUAUCCACUAAUUCCAGUAGGAAAGUUGGUGUUUAAUCGAAACCCGGAGAACUACUUCGCGGAAAUUGAACAGAUGGCGUUAAACCCAGCCCAUAUGGUUCCCGGAAUCGAACCGUCGCCGGACCGAAUGCUCCAGGGACGUUUGUUCGCUUAUGGUGAUACUCAUCGUCACCGCUUGGGGCCAAACCACCUUCAGAUACCCGUCAACAGUUGCCCCUUCCGAGUACGCACCUACCAACGCGAUGGGUUCAUGACAAUUUCUCACGCCGGAGGAGCUCCGAAUUACCAUCCCAACAGUUUUUCUGGUCCUCAAACCGAUCCGGUGGUAAAAUCUGUUUACCCUCCGUUUACUGUGACCGGAGACGUGAACAGGUAUGACGACACAUGCACUGCCGACGACUUCGUGCAGCCGAGAAUAUUCUGGCAAAAAGUGUUAGAUCAGGGCGCCAAAGAUAGACUGGUCGAGAAUCUCGUGGGUAGUUUAAAGCAGGCCAGCGAUUUCAUCCAGGAAAGAGCAAUCAAACUGUAUUACCAAGUCGACGAAACACUUGGGAGAAAGCUCGAAUCACAACUGAACUUGAUAAAACGGACGAAGGCAAAUUUGUGAUUUUUUACGGGAUGAAGGAUUUAAUUUUAAAUAUUGUGGUGCCUCAAUAAAACGAUAAGUGCA